CAUUAUGUUUACCAUUCGUAUCAAAGUUAAAAAUUUUAAUUCAAUAUUAUUACUUUGUUUGAUCAUUUCAAUAUCAUUGAAUUUACCCAAUUGUUUAUGUCAGAAUAUGAUCUGUCAACGAAUACCAAAUUUAAAUAGACAACAAUUGAAAAUUUGUCAAAAAAGUCCAGAAAUAUUGUCCGUAAUUAGGAAAGGUAUACAAAUUGCUCUUUCAGAAUGUCAACAAUUAUUUAGUAAUCGAAUACAAUUACAACAUUCAUCAUGGAAUUGUUCAUCGUGGAUACAGAAUUCAUUGAAUCGUUUAUAUGUUAAUAUAACCGAUAUCGAUGUCAAAGGUACAAAAGAAGCAUCAUUUGCACAUGCAUUAUUUGCCGCUGCUGUUGUCUAUACGCUAAGCGAAGCAUGUACCCGUAGUAAUUUUCCAUAUUGUUCAUGUAGAUCAUCAACAAAAAAAGAUUAUAACCACCAAAUUGAUAUGUUUGAUAUUAUGGAUUAUUCUUCAUCAUCGUUAUCAUCAUUUUUUACAACUACAACAUCAUCAUCAUCAUCAUCAAUUAAUGAAGAUAAUUCAAUACAAUCAUCGGAUAAUUUAAUUUUAUUAAAUCAAGAAUGGAAAUGGAAUGGUUGUUCACAUAAUAUACAAUUUGGUAUGGAAACAGCAAGAAUUUUUCUCGAUUCAUCUGAACAUCAAUCAAUUACACCAUAUUCAUUGAUAAAUUUACAUAAUAACAAUGUAGGUCGUAAGAUAAUUCGUGAUGGUCUAAUAUUUCGUUGCCAAUGUCAUGGUAUUAGUGGUUCAUGUACAUUACGUACAUGUUGGCAUACUAUACGUGGAUUUCGUCAAGCAACACAAUUAUUAUAUAAUCGUUAUAUAAAAGCAAAAAUGGUCUCAUAUUCGUGGCUAAAUAAAUCAUUUAAACAAAGAUAUGAAAAACAAAUACGAAAAAAAUCAUCAACAAUAAAAUCGAAUCAAUUAAAACAGCUACAAAAAGCAUUCCAUAAUAUAACAUUAUUUGAAUUGAAUCAACCAAAUAUGAAUCGUUUGAAUAAUAAUAAUAAUAAUGAUAUUAAGAAUAGUAAAGCAAGUAAACGUGAUCUAAUCUAUAUUAAACCAUCAAUUAAUCAUUGUCAAAUAAUGAAACGAUCAUUAUUGAUGAAUAAUAAUCGAAUAUUGACCAAAGAAAAACGACUUACGAAUCGUCCAAUAAUAUGUAUGGCUGAAAAUUUUACCACCACCACCACCACCACCACUGAUGAUGAUGAUGAUAAUGAUAAUGAUCUCAAUAUAGAUGGAAAAAAUUAUAAUCAUCAACAAUGGCCACCAAUUGAAUCGUGUGAUAAAAUUUGUUGUAAUUUUGGUUAUAGGAAAAAAACACGAUUGAAAAUAUAUAAAUGUGAAUGUGUAUUUCAAUUCUGUUGUUCAAUAGUAUGUAAAUCAUCAUGUUCAACAUAUACCACCGAAUAUGAAUGUAAUGAUCAUGAUAAUAAUACUGAAAAUAUUGAUACAUUGAUAUAUGAUUGA